AUGGCUCCGUACAAUCAUGAAAAAUCGGGAAAGCAAGAUAGCUCUUCUUCACCGCAACCAUCAUCCUCUGUGGACUCCCGUUCAUCAAUGACCCAGCAAGACACUUUUUCGGCUGCGAGUGUUUCCCCAAUACCUAUGCACAACCCGUCGCCAGCCGAGUUGCGAUACAAUCCCCAUCCUCUUCACACAUCGGCACGGACACAGAACUCGGCUGAAGCGAGUGCAGCGCCAGUGAACUCUCAGCAACAAUGUCCAGAUUGGACUAUGAGUGAAGCAAUGCCAAAUUCUUCAAACGGACUUUUGCAGAUGGGAAAUUCUGUUUCGCGCCCCGCAAUCCAGAACAAGGAGAAUACGAAAAAGGAGAGGCAAAUUGCUCCCACGAAGAAGCGUCAAAGUGCAAAGGUGCAGCAAGAUCGACCAAAGGGUGCUGCAGUAACAGGCCGUCGCCAGAAACGACUUGAGAGAAACCGUGAGUCCGCCCGUCUUUCUAGGCGUCGAAGGAAGCAAUACUUGGAGGUGCUUGAAGAACGAGUUACACAACUGUCGAUCGAGAUGGAUCAAGGGCGUCGUGAGCAUGCAGGGGCAGCAAUGGAGACUGUAAUUAAGAAGAGGAACGCUAUUUUCAAAGCUGAAGCACCCAUCGAAGAAUUAAUCGCAAAAUUAGAUGGUGGCCUCAAUCGCACGAGCUCAGAACUUACAGUUCUAUCAACAUUUUACAUUCAGCAACUGAAAAGUUUGGCACUGUCACCUCAUUCAAAGUUUAUCUUGUGGCUCACGUUGCAAGGGGAUUCAUACUUCCGUGGAGGUCGAGCCGCAAGUGAGCGUCUCUCAGCAGCACGAAUAGGGGAAAGGAUGUUAUUAGGGGGGAACGAUAAGGUCACACCCAUCAACUCCAUGUGGCCUUUAGUUUGCAACGAAAUUGGUCUUUCGUACGAUCAGGAAGAACGUGUUCGCAACUUUCAGAGGACUUUAUUGCAGACUCCCACAACCUGGCUAGAUCGUCACACAUCAAGGGCAGCAGGAUUAGCUGUGGAAGCCUUUGACUCGAGCUUGAAAGCGGCUACUCAAAGUAUCCGUAAACGCGAGCAAGUUGUAGCAAAGCAACUUACUCCUAAACAAAGACUGAAUUUUGCUCGUUGGGCAGAACUCAAUUCAGACCGAAUGAAGACACUGUUAAAGACGAAGAGGGAUCGUCUAGCGAACGAAAAAAAUGGGAAAGAGUUCGAGGUGUCUAUAACUCAGCAUACAUCUGCGAAUCUGUAUAUUCUAAACCAUCGCUUGCGGAAAGUGAUUGGAACUCUCCCACAAAACUUAAUUAGCUUUAACUCGGCAACAUUGAAGCGCUUGUCACGGAGACCCUCAUUUGAAUCACUUGGGCAACAGAAGGACGACGAUGGAAAUCUGACGAGAGAAGGCUCGUUCGCAUCAUCCGGUUCUUUGAAGUCUCUGAAGCGAAGCUCGUCCAGUCUAAGUAUCGAUGAUCCCGACAGACCUCAAUGCCAUCAAAUUCAUCCUGAGGAUGGGCAAAGAGAAGCAGAGCCGCUUGUGAAGCAAGAGCUUGGCUUCGUACAACGAAUAAUUCCAUCGUCAGUUUUGUCAAAUCCUGCAUCCAAUGCUGUCCCUAUUGCGCUUCCACCAACAUCUUUUCAUGGGUAUAGCAAGCCAUAUAUGACUUCAAAUGCUGCAACGGCUGAAAACUUGUUUUCAGACUCCCGAUAUCAACAUGACCGCACAAUGCAGUAUCCGUCAACAAUUCCUUCGCUUCCAAUUUCUGCUGGGAUCCAUACACCACAGUAUGGCACCGCUAGUACUCAACAGCAACCCUUGUUUCAGCACGUACAGCAGACACAGCCAGCUGCUGCAAAUGCGACAGCUUCUCAGCAGAACCAGCAAGCGGAUAAUGCCCAACAAGAAAUGCAAUCGCGUCCUGCGAAAGUGCACAAGCGAAAGACUUCUUUUUUGCCAGCUCAUCUAGGAGCUGUUCCUGAGGAAGAAUUCAACCCCGGGGAUGGAGGAGCAGAGGAUUUCUUCAUGAGCUUGAUUGAUGAUGAAGACUGGGCCAUUGGGGAAGGCGUUGAUAUGGAUCCCACAGCAUGA